UGCUUGAUUCGAUCAUGGUGGCUCGUGUUGAGCGGACGUGUUCCUCUGCGACAUACCGUUUGUUUACUGUUCCUGAACUCUCUAAAUAAGUGUACACUUAAAAUGAAAUAGAUAGAUGUUUCAAAGUUAGCGAAAGCAAGAAGGAACGUUCCAGUGCAGUCUAGUGCAGGAAUAGAAAACAAGCCUAUAGUUGUUGUGCGAGCAUUUUCGAUCUUCUUCGAGUCUUCUGUGGCUACUCAGUUUUCUGAGCCGUUUAUUUGUCUGCGUAUAGUGAUCUCGAGGUUACAUCUGAACACAAGUAACAAUGAAUAAUAAUCCCCCUGCCUCUUUGGCAGGGGGCGGCGGUACGGGUGCAUAUAACGGCGACGCCCGCCGUUUGCACCCUGAGGUACCUGUUCGUCCCCCCGACCCUUCUUCCUUUCCCCUCCUCCCUCCUAGCCCUUCCAUUCUCACACCUUCCAAGUUUGGCGUUCCGGCCGACCAAUUUAAUGAUUUUGAAUCUACAUUGAAUAGCAACAAUAACCUCAACUCUGAAACAUUUGACAACACAAAACAAUUUCAGGCGAACACCCCUUCAUCUCAAGACGUUAUUUCAUCCAUUGCUAACAAGAACCUUGACGACCAUGUUAACCAAGGACAUACCGUAUCAAACAUCGGUAAUAAUACAAUAAACACUGCCUCAGAGUACACCAAUGUUCCAAUGGAAAUCGAACCGUCCAAAAAUAUCCGUAAAAGAACUUCAGAGGACUUGCCGGCACAGCCCCAAAUUACUAAGAUAAAUUAAACUUCAACCUGACACUAUGCUGGGUCCCGGCACAUAAAGGAAUUCCAGGAAACGAAAACGCAGAUCAAGCUGCCAAAAUUGCGUCCCGUCAAGGAUUCAUUCCCCCGUUUCGCAUUCCAUACGCGGACUAUUUUGCCGAGAUCAACUGUAACACUACCAACAAAUUCAGAGCUUAUCUGGAAGAAGCGGCACAAGUUAACGGCACCCAACAUGCUUCUUUAUACCAACAUACUCUUUAUAAGCGCCCUUGGUUUCAUCGCAAACCUCUUGACAGAGAAGAAAUAGUAAUAAUCAACCGACUCAGAAGCAACCACUACAACUUAAAAUACAGCUUAUUCAGAAAAAACAUGUCAGACUCACCGAAUUGCCCCUGUGGGGAAGGUCGGCAGGACGCCAACCAUAUCAUUUUUUAUUGUCCUAUUACCAUUCCGAAAUCAUCUAAUCUCAGACAAUACCUUAAAGAUAAAUAUCCUUCAUUCCAAAUCAACAUCUUUUCUAUCCUUGGCUACCCUACUACUAAACUAUGUCGCCUCAUACUUUCAUAUUUCAAGUCGUGUGAACUCAACAUUUGAACCCUCCCGCCUCGUGCACAAGCACGAGUUCACGUCUCCGACGCGAUUCAAGGGGAGGGCGCUCAAUGCUCACUUUAAGUGGCUCCGCAGCUAUUUGGAGUGCGCGCCCGUGCUCCCAAAGCUCCGGUUCCUCCGCCAUCACCAACUCUUUUCUAUCAUCAUAAUUACCGUCUACUUGUUGCAUCUCUCAUCCCAAGGUCCGUGGAUUGGCGUUGGAGGGGAAGGAAGGUCGUUGCAUCCACUUCAACGAUGUGGAACGAAAAUGGCGGCGGCCAUACUUUUACUGCACACUCGCUCA